AACAAUCCUCCAUGAAAGGUAGUUUGGCGAUAGUAGCCAUUAGAAGCUCAUCAUCCUGAUAUGAUCAAACUACUAGAACAUGAGGUGAAAAACGUCCUCCAGUGUUUGCAAGCUUGAAAACAGCAAAGGCAGUGAGCUUGAUCAAUCUUUCAACAGGUGUGUUCAUCAGGUGUGAAUAGCCAGUAGACCGAGUAUUCAUCUGGUUCAGACAUGUCUCAGCAGCGUGUUUUGCCGCAGAGCAAGGAGACUCUCCUUCAGUCAUACAACAAGAGGUUAAAAGACGACAUUAAAUCCAUCAUGGACAACUUUACUGAGAUCAUAAAGACAGCCAGGAUUGAAGAGGAACAUCAGGUGUCGCGCUUAACACAAGGCGAGCAGGAUAACUACGAGAUGCAUGUCAGGUCGGCUAAUAUUGUCCGAGCCGGUGAGUCCCUUAUGAAGCUUGUGUCUGACCUAAAGCAGUUUCUGAUCCUGAAUGACUUCCCCUCUGUGAACGAAGCCAUAAGUCAACGAAACCAGCAGCUGCGCGCCCUGCAGGAUGAAUGUGACAAGAAGCUAAUUGCCCUGCGGGACGAGAUCGCUAUAGACCUAUAUGAGCUGGAAGAGGAAUAUUACUCCUCCAGGUAUAAAUAGUGCUUUGUUUGCUCCGUAUGGCGGCGCACACAUGGAAAGUUGGUACCAUGUUUGCUUGAAACCAUGUAAUUUACGCUAGAGAAUAUUAUGUAUACAUUAUUUACAAAACUAAUAAGACCAUAUUGUACAGCCUAUCCUAGGCUUUCCCCAGCCCACUGAUCUGUGUUAAUACUUUUUGCUCAGGUGGCCUGUUAACUAACCUUCAACAAGACGUGGCUGAUUUAUGGUCACAAACGCUGUGAGCAGGGAAGCGGCCUUAGUAAAAGGGACAAAGGAGGGUGAUUUUGUCUCCUUUUUACACAUUUAACUUCCCUGUAGCCUGAUGUUAACAAGGCACUUUGUCAAAGAAAGAAAACUAACAGCAUUUACAGAAAAAUCCAAUCUGUGCUAAAUUUGUCUUCAGAAUACACAGUAGUGGAUGAUGGGAGAGGAGGCGCCAGAUAUAUUGGCUUCCCCGGCUAGUCAUGCUUUUAGUUAUAAAGGGCAUUAAAUGCUGAGAGGGGAAUCUUGCAGGUGUUAAGCAGUGAUUUUGUCUUUACCAGAGACGUGCCAAUGCUACGUAUGUACAACGGCUUCAUAUACUGACUUCUGUAACAGCCAAAUCAUAACUUAUUAUAUCAACUCCUCUUUUUAAAGCUCUUUACAAGACACCCCCCACCCCCACUAAAGAAAGCCCAUUUAUACGAAGCUUAGCCAUUUAACAAGCGCAGUUAUAUAGUACAGCUGUGCUCAAUUGCAUAAAGGAUUCCUGUGGAAGUAUGUUCUAUUCUAAAUACAUGUGUUUGUGAUAGAAAUAAUGACUAAUCAUAAAUGUUACCUGUCCCUUUGUCCACAGUACAUGACUUGUGCCUUUUUUUUAAUGAGAAUUAUCUGUGUACAUUUCCUCUCAUUCAAAGAGUUUAUUUACUGAAAUAAUAUUUAUACUGACUUAUUAAAUAAAUUGAUUUUAAGCAGAA